UGAAAACCGCCUGACUGGAAAAGAAAAACAAGUAGUAGUGUAGCGUGUUCCAGACAUGGAUCCCGUCGGUUCCGUGGGUGUGUAUCAGAGACAGUGUCUGUCAGAGACAGAGCUGGACUUUCCCGGUGUCCCGUACUCCGUGUCAGUCCUUAAAGUCGGUUACUGUUCCCCUCAGACCGACGGGACGUUCCUCGCUGACGGGACCAUCAGCCUCAUAACGGGAAUCAGGACCAUUCUGGUGGACACCGGAGGACCGUGGGACCGGGACGUCCUCCUCAGGUCUUUAGAAGACAGAGGUUUGACACCCGGGGACAUCGAUCUGGUCGUGGGGACUCACGGACACUCAGACCACAUCGGAAACCUGAACCUGUUUCCUUCCGCUCAGACCAUCGUGGGGUUCGACAUCAGUGAGGGGGACCGGUACCGUCCGAACCAGCUGGCUCAGGGACAGAAUUACUCAGUGGACCAACAUGUGUCUGUCAUUCCCACCCCUGGCCACACGGGACAGGAUGUCAGCGUCCAGGUUCUGGGGACAUCAGCAGGAGCUGUGCUGGUUGCAGGGGAUUUGUUUGAGAGCUGGUCAGAUGAGGACACAUGGAGGGAUCUGAGUCUGGAUUGUGCGGUCCAGGAGGUGAACCGUCACAAGGCCCUGCGUACUGCUGAUGUCAUCAUACCAGGACACGGACUUCCUUUCAGAGUGGUCCGGUCCUGAUUUCACAGAGAGCGAGUCCUGGGUGCGUCCCAGCCCGCCCUACAGCCUUAUCACUGUGACUCAACGAGGGUUGUGGUCAAAGAGCAGCUCAAGUUAAAUACGACUGGUUCCUGGAGACCAGACCGGCUCCACGACUCCUACUGGUGGGGUCGUCACCCUCCUGGGGCUCACCCUAACUGCAGUCACUGAUGUUCAGAACCGUGUGGGGCUGAUCCACAUGAGGUUCUUUGUAGGAGAGUCAGGUUGAUCUAAAAACUUCAUCAUGGUGCAGACGACACCCCCCUAGAACCACCUGGGACACCAGGUGUGAACAGAUGUGAAGGUCCUAACAGCAGAGAGGUUUAGUCUUCUGAUCUAUUGAAGUCCUCCUCUGCCUGUAGCUCAUAAGGUUCUAGAAAAUGAGCCGAUUCCAUGUGUGGCCAUGUCUUCUACACAGAAGUUAUUGUGAUCAUAAAAGAAUAAAUUGCUGAUUUCUCAGA